UGUGGACCACACAAGUCCGACCGACCAGUGCGAGGUAUACCAGAAGCACACGACAUUGCGAUAACCGUAUCCCCGUAUAACCACGGUGGUUUAGUAUUCAUAUACAUAGACACUCAAAGGGAAAACGGCGAGAACAUGCAGCAGUUCUGGAUGUCGAUGUUGUUGUUGGCGAGCGUAUGCGCGGCCUUGGUCUGCGCCGACACCGUGAAGGCCGCCGCCGACGAGAAGCCCGCGGAAAAGAAGCAGGGCAAACGAGGCCUCUGGGGCUUGGGCUAUGGGUAUGGUGGCCACAGUGAGUGGGACGGUCUGUCCAACUACGGUCUUCUUGGUGCCGACCACAGCUAUGGACACAUCAGCUCUGUGCACGUCACCAAAGAGGUGCCAGUCAUCGUCGACCGACCGAUCAUCGUUCCGGUCGAGAAACACGUGCCGUACCCAGUAGCCGUAGAGAAACCGGUGCCGUACCCCGUGCACAUCGAGAAGCACGUCCCGGUGCCCGUCGACCGCCCAGUGCCAUACCCGGUCAAGGUGCCGGUCAAGAUCCCUGUGGCUCACCAUGUGCCCUACCCAGUUUACGUGCAACAACACUUGCCGGUCUACGUCAAAGAACACCACGGGCAUGGAUACGGUACCUACGACUUCGGUCAUGACCAUGGUUUCGGUUACAGCAGCAGCUAUGCGAUCCACCAUUUCGUAUCAUCAUGUCUGAAAAUAGCUUUGAAUCCCUUGAGAUUAAUGUGCAGUCCGAGAGUGAUGCGCCAAAUGUUCGCGGAUCUGUUGUCGAACUCUUCGAAACUACGGGCGUAUCGUCGUGGUCUCGCUGGUCCACGCAAGGCAGAUGGUACUCCUGCCGGCGACGCGCCACUGGUCGAGAUGCCUUCCGCGACCGACUUGAUGCUGCUGACGUUCGAGGAUCUCAGGAGAAAUCGUCCAACUCUGACAAAGCACGGUCUGCCGGGUUCGCCGAUGCAGCGAGAUGUAGGAUAUUAUUCCAUGCCCAAAUUGGUAGUGCUGGAGACUGGUUCCGAGGAGUCGAGUGUGUCAGCGAACCACGCACUGUCCUCCGACACUACGAAUCCUGCAGUUGAACCGCUGGCGGACCGCACCCCAAUCGAACUGGCGAGUCACACGAGUCCAACGUCCGGCUAUUACGUAGGAGUUAUGGCGCCUGCAGCCCUCGAAAAAGGUCCAGCGUCGUCUGCUUCGCCAGAGGUUCGACCGGCGCCGGAACCUCGCGAUGUCGCAGGGGAGUGUGAAGCAAAAGAAAAAACAAUACCGGUAUCUCAGCAGGAUUAUAAAAACCCCAGAGAGCCAGUGUUUGGCAUCAGUUGUAUCAGUGGAAAUCAUACCGAUACCAUCAUAACCAUCAUCAUGAAAUUCUUCAAGGCUUGUGUUGUCGGUUUGGCUUUAAUAGCUCACUGUGUCGCCGCUGAGGAUGCAAAGACCGAUAACAAACAGACCAACAAGAGAAGCGUAGGCCUUUCAGGAUCGUCGUACGGACUCUCCGGCUUGUCCGGAUACUCCGGAUCGUCAUCAUACGGAUACGGCUCCGGUCUGCCUUCAUACUCACCAGGCAUCGGUCUCGCCGCCCCAAUCAGUCACGGAUACUCUGCCCCCAUCAGUCACGCAUACGCCGCUCCAUCUAGUUACGGAUACGCCGCCCCAGCUAGCCUCGGAUACUCUUCCUUCGCUGGUCACGGUUACUCUGCCCCGAUUGGUCUCGGGUACGGUUCCUCCGCUGGACUAGGAUACGCUUCCUCAGCUGGACUCGGAUACGCUUCCUCAGCUGGACUCGGAUACUCCGCCCCGAUUGGUCUUGGUUACGCCGCCUCUUCCGGUUAUGGAAUAGCUGCCCCGUCUUACGGUUACGGUAUCUCAGCUGCUUCCGCUGUGCCGACUAGAGUCAGCACUUCCAACCAAAUUGUGUCCGUGUCCGUACCACAGCCAUACGCCGUUCCAGUAACCCGUCACGUGCCCGUAUCGGUAGCACAACCCGUGCCAGUGUCCGUACCCAGAGCAGUCCCGGUCAGCGUACCUCACCCAGUGCCCGUCACUGUCAACAGACCAUACCCAGUCGAUGUUCCAAGGGCUGUCCCAGUCAGCGUGCCCCACCCAGUUCCAGUCUCCGUUAGCAGACCAGUGCCAUACCCAGUUCCACAGCCAUACCCAGUAGAAGUCCAACAAGCUGUCCCAUACUCCGUCCCGACCCCAGUCAUCGCUCCAGCUCCGGUCUCAUACGCCGUCUCUGCUCCAGCCCCAGCCAUCAGCUACGCCUCCGCACCAGCUUACGCUUCAGAAUCUUACGCCGCACCAGCAGCUAACAUCGCCUUGAGCGCACCAGCUUACGCACCAUCUUACAGCGCUGCCGCCCCAUCUUACUCAUCUGGUUCGUACAGCGCCGCCGUCCCAUCUUACUCAUCUGGUUCGUACAGUGCCGCCGCACCGUCUUACUCUUCAGCAUCGUACAGUGCCGCCGCACCGUCUUACUCUUCAGCAUCAUACAGUGCCGCCGCACCGUCUUACUCUUCCGCAUCUUACAGCGCCGCCGCACCAUCAUACUCUUCCGCAUCUUACAGCGCACCCGCUCCAUCAUACUCUUCCGCAUCUUACAGCGCACCAGCUCCAUCAUACUCUUCCGCAUCUUACAGCGCACCUGCUCCAUCAUACUCAUUGGCUUCUGCGGGUUCGUCCGACUACUCCAGUGUCCAGUCCGGUAGCGAAUACAGCUCGUCGUCCGGCAUCAGUUCCUCAUAUGGAUCACCGUCGUCAAGCUAUUCAGGCAGCAGCGAGUACAAGAAGUAUUAAAUGGACCACUAUCUUCGAUUUGUGCCAUGGCGCACGGAACUGUAUUAGUUAGAUGUUCUUAAUAAUUUAAUACUCUGUUUUACAUAUUAUAAUAUAUGUAUACUACUUGUUAAUGUUUUGUACUCUCACAACUUUUCAUAUUUGUUAUGUUAGUUUGAAUUCAUCGUGUCGUUUUUUAAAUAAAAAAUAAUUAUUAUGACUGAAA